CCGCUCCCUUUCUCUCCAACAAACGGUACUAAAGGACUCAAAGUACCUCAAAAAGUAGGAAGGCUCCAUCAGGACAGCAGUAGCUGCUGCUAGAUCAUUUUCUACUUGCAUGAUGGGAUUGAACUUCUUACCUUCCUGCUCUGUGUGAGGUUCUUCUUCUUGCUCUGUUUAAGCAACAUAACGAAGCCAUGGCUUGCAGUAUUGAUGCCCUAACAAGGAGCUCUCAUGAUUUGGAAUCAAAAUGAAGUCAAACACUUCAUCACUUUCUCCUGGAACCAGUCUUGCCUCUGCUGAAUCUUUAUCCAUGCCUCUUUUCCAGGAAGUUGUUCUCUCUGCUGAUAUAGGAUGUACUGAAUGCCAAGAGAGACUUGCAGACAUGAUGUCAAAAUUGGGUGAGAUAGAGUCUGUUGUGGUGAAUGCAUUGGAGAAGAAGGUUACACUCAUUUGCAGAUAUCCCAGAGUAGCCAAAGUACCGGCCCGUCCGCUAGUUGCUGCUGUUUACAGGAACCCUCUAAACAAAUUUGCCUUGAUUAAAAGGAUAUUUCGUUCUUCCUCGAGUUGAUCAAUUCCAAGCCAGAUUGAGAAGUCCAAGAUGCUAUGGGAAAUUCAUAUCAGAAGUCUUCCUAAUUCCUUCAAUUGGAUUGGACAUGAAUAUUACUUUUUCGCUCUGAUUAAUUGAUGAUUGGUACAUACUUCAGUUGGUGAUUUAGUUCCACAUUUUGUAAUUGAAUUUUUAUAGAAACGUAUAGUAAAAUAAGUGGGACAUAUUGGUAGAUUGAUUGGGCAAA